AAUGGUUGUAUUACUUUUGAUCUCUUUUUAAAAUUUCAUUUAUUUUAUAGAGAUUUUGAAAUUCAAAUUCAAAAUCUUGUAAAAGAAGUUUAGCUUCAUCCCAACACUUCUGAAUGCCGUUCAGUGUAACGAAGUUUUCUCUAAUCUUCGUUGCACUUCUCCUUGCUGAGGCUCUUGUUGCUCAAAGCUCACAAUUGGAAUCUGUCACUCGGAAGCCAAAACCAUUUUUCUUGGUGAAAAAGUCAAUGUUGGUUGGAAUGAGUGAAACCACUGAAGAAGUAUGCCAAACAGUGGUUCUUCAUAACUAUGAACCAGUGUAUGGACAUUUGAUCAACGGAAGCCUUGUGGAAAUUCUGCAAGCCAGUGGUCACAAAUUUUCAAAAACACAUGUUCAAUGUCUUGAAGAGGACCGUCCGUCUUGUCACGGCGUCAAAGAUGACAUGUAUAUUAGCGAGUGCGUAACAGUGUACGAAAAUGCAAACACAAUGGUCCGACUCUUCAACUCAUUUGGACCGUACAGAUUAGGAACGAUUCGGAUCCCGAUCCUUUGCGAAUGUCGUCUGAGACGCCAGUAUCGUGACUUUGAACGUCCUGGAGACGACGACGAUGAUGUUUGAAUGAAUAUACUACGUUGUGAGAUUUUUCGAUGUUCUAAUGAAAUAUAUUAAUUUUGAAUAAAUUCAGAAAUAUG